AUGGAAUCUAUCAAAAAGAACCAGGAAUAUGGAAACGCAGUGGGUAGACGAAGAUCCUUGAGAAAAACGGCGUCAAAAGGAGGUCGGAGUGCGGCGGUGGUCGGAGGACGACAAACGACGGACGGUGGAAGGCUAGCGACGGAUGGCGGUAGUGAAGGCUGUUUAAACGUUAUUGUAAAGAGUGGGGAUGAUUGUAGGCAAGAGCAUCUUUCUGUGCAGCUUCUCUCUCAUUUUUAUGAUAUCUUCCAAGAAGCAGGUCUUCCUCUAUGGUUGCGCCCUUAUGAAGUUUUGGUUACAUCUUCUUAUACAGCUCUUAUUGAAACAAUUCCAGAUACGGCUUCUCUUCAUUCUAUCAAAAGUAGAUAUCCCAAUGUAUCAAGCUUACGUGAAUUCUUUGCUGCUAAAUAUCUGGAAAAUUCUCCUAGUUUUAAAUUGGCACAGAGAAAUUUUGUUGAAAGUAUGGCUGGGUAUUCCCUUUUGUGCUAUCUUCUGCAGGUGAAGGAUAGGCAUAAUGGAAAUCUGCUACUGGAUGAAGAAGGUCACAUAAUACAUAUCGAUUUUGGCUUCAUGCUCUCCAAUUCACCUGGUAGUGUAAAUUUUGAGAGUGCACCAUUCAAAUUAACCCGUGAACUUCUUGAGGUCAUGGAUUCCGAUGCUGAGGGAGUUCCAAGUGAAUUUUUUGACUACUUUAAGGUAUUAUGCAUCCAAGGUUUCCUAACCUGCCGUAAGCAUGCAGGGCGCAUAAUUCUUGUUGUUGAAAUGUUGCAGGAUUCUGGUUACCCAUGCUUCAAAGGUGGUCCUCGAGGAAUACAAAAUUUAAGAAAACGGUUCCACUUAAGUCUGACAGAAGAGCAAUGUGUGUCAUUGGUGCUUUCCCUGAUCAGCAUCAGUUUAGAUGCAUGGCGGACACGGCAGUACGAUUAUUAUCAAAGGGUUUUGAAUGGAAUAUUGUGAAUUCAGAUCUCAUUUGGUGCCCCAUUCUUACAUGUUUGCUAAAAUCAGACUAGUGAAGAUUUUCAUACGAAAAAGAUGCCCAUUAUACAAGGAUGGUUCGCCAUGCAUC